AUGACGGCUUAUGGUGUUGUUCUUUCUCUUAGAAAUACAAUUAACAAUAUUAUCUGUUGUUCUCAUUUUAGGCUUGUUGGUGGCUCUCUACAAAUCAUACAAGGCGUCUACGAGGAGUUGCAGCCAUUGACUAAAGUUCUUGAAAUAUUGGACGAGACAAGUCCAAGCAGGAGCAGGAAGAAGGUGAAUGCUUUGGAUGGAAUAAUCAAAGAUGCAAUUUGGAGAUUUGAAGACUCUUUGGAAUCCCUUCUCACUCGACAGAUUCCUUCACAAUAUGAUACUCUUCCUGAGAUUGUCUCCAUUGAUCUUCAGAGUCUGGAAAACGAUGCAAAUUCAUUGUUCCAGAAGCUCAAUGAUAUGAAAGAGGAGUACAUUUAUGAAGUAGAUAAUAUGCCUCAAGACGAACCUAUUUCCUCAUUCUUUGGUUUUCAUGGAACCAACUCAAAGACGAUUGGAUUAUCAGACCAGUUCGAAGAAGUCAAAAGAGAUCUAUUGCGUUUCCUAGACUAUCCCGGUUGGAAGCAUGUGUAUGGACUUUAUGGAGCAGCAGGCGUUGGAAAGACCACUCUUGCUAAGAAAAUUUAUCAAGAUCCAAAAAUUCAGCUCAUAUAUAAGCGGCGUGCUUGGGUCACCGUAGGCAGAGUACCUCAACCGACCAGUCAAAUUUCACGAGGCGUUCUAGCUCAACUUACGCAGGGAGAUGAAAGAAGGCUGCGUGGCAAGAAUUGUCUCAUUGUGCUGGAUGAUGUUUGGGAGAGAGAGAUAUUCGAUUGCUUGAAUCGUUCCAUACCCUGUGUAGAAAGUGGUUGUGUUCAAGUCUUGGUUACUUGUCGACAUAAAAAAAUGGAUUAA